GAAAAAAAAUUUAGGAACCUUAGUAAUUUCCCAGAAGGCUAGCUGACGAGUUGUGCGUGGAAGCAGCGUGUGGCCACUAAAGAGAGUUCAGCCCCUUCUUCUACCUAGGAGGAGGAGGAGUGGUGUGUUCUCUCCGUUUGAAGUUGGGAGACGAAAUUGGUGAUUAAUUGCUUCGCUCGUAACAUACGUUAAGAAGAGCAAGGUGAAGAAGAGGAGCUAGCCAUAGCUAUGUAGUACGAUUAUUUGAUAGAAAGAUUUGUGAAGGACCCAGCCAUGGACAGGUACGUCUUUGGAAUAUUGAAGGGAGCUGCUGGUCUUGCUGCCGAUGCCAAUGCGUUCCAUGAAUUCUUCAAAUGGGUCAAACCACACAUCUUAGCUGCCACACGUACUCAGCGGCAAGUGGAUUCAGGAGGGCUAGCAUCAGCAUCAGCUGGAGACAACAGAACAGCUGCACAGCACCAAAUUCAGGAUGAAGAUAAGCUUGAGAAGCUCGAGCACAGCCUUUGGGCGAUCCAAACAACCAUUACAUCCACAAUGUAUGACCUCAUCGACCGUCUUGAAUGGCAGAGCCACAAGGAAACAGAAGCCAGACACCUUCGCCAGAUAAAGGAUGUAGUGUACGAUGCUGAGGACCUCCUUGAUGAGUACAAUUACUAUGCUCUAAAGGUGAAGGUGGAAGCGAGCAAGAACGACUUGGGGCAAGAUCACAGGCAUAAAACCUUUCUGGAGUUCUUGGACAGUGUUAACUUCAGCAAAGUGAUGGAAAUCCAAGACAGAUUGAAGCUUGUUCUUGACCAAUCCAAGGAUUUGGACUUGCACAAAACACCCAAGAAGUUUGACCGAUUAGUCAGACCAGAGACAUGCCGUGUCCUCGACGAGCCAAAGAUAUUUGGUCGUGAAAAAGAACUGGAGGAAUUGAAGCAAAUGCUAGGAGUGCAUCAACGCAAGAGAGGCAGGCCUGUGGCACGCCCCACAACAGGUGAAGCAAGAAGGGCAGAGUUACCUGUGUUACCCAUAGUUGGCAUGGGCGGUGUCGGGAAGACAACCAUGGCCCAACAAAUCUGCGAGGAUGGAGCGGUACAGAAACACUUUGGCUGCAUAAUCUGGAUAUGUGUUUCGGAUGAGUUCGAAGUAAACAGGUUAACAAAAGAGGUUCUGAAGUCUCUUGGAGAAAAAAACUCACAAGACACUGAUUCAAGGGAUACUCUUAUGGUCAAUUUACGUGAUCGUGUCAAGUCAAAGAAGUUCUUUCUUGUCCUGGAUGACAUGUGGGAUGAUGUCUUAAAAGAUGAGAAAGGAUGGAGGACAUUUCAUAGAGCUUUAAGCAAUGGUCUCGAGGGUAGUAAGAUUUUAGUCACUACUAGAUCUUCCAAGGUUGCUAACCUAGUCAGCAACAGUAAUCACUAUGAGCUGAAGGGAUUACAAGAGGAUAUUUUGUGGAAUUUCUUCAAACUAUGUGCAUUCGGAUCCAACAGUUCUCCCAAUAACCCAGACUUGGAGUGCAUUGGUAGAGAUAUACUUCCCAAGUUGAAGGGUUCACCUUUGGCUGCCAAAACUCUUGGACGCUUGUUGAAAAGCAACCUAAGCAUAGAGCAUUGGGAGGACAUAUCAAAAAAUGAGCUGUGGCGAUUACAACAAGACGAGACUGACAUUUUGCCAGCCCUUCGACUGAGUUAUGUGUACUUGCCACAGUACAUGAAAAGAUGUUUCUCAAUCUGUGCUCUGUUUCCAAAGGAUCACAUAUUUGAAAAGGAGUUUUUAGCAGAUAUCUGGGUAGCACAAGGCUACGUGGAGCCUCAAGAUGCAUCUUCUUGCUUUGAUGACCUUGCAAAUCGGUCUUUUUUUCAGCAUGCAGCUCGUCAGAAUAAUAAGUACGUAAUUCAUGACUUGAUACACGAUACUGCACAGCUAGUCUCCAAGGAUGAGUGCUUCAUCAUUCAACAUGUAAGUGACCUAGCUAAAAUCCCUUCCAAGGUUCGCCAUCUGUCAAUAUCUACUGAUGGAAAUAUCAGCUGUGAACAAUUAGUGUAUAUUUGCACACAACACAAAAAACUGCGGUCCUUGGUAUGCAAAAAAUCUUACAGAGGUCGAAAAGGUGUUGCUCCUAUGAUUGAUCGUUGGUUCAUGGAACUUGACAAUAUCCGUGUAUUGAUUUUUAAUCUUUCAACAGUGCAAGAGUUACCUAAAAGCAUAGCCAACUCAAAACAUUUGCGUUACCUUGGUUUAUUCGGAAGUUCUACUUUCGAGACCCUUCCUUCAUCUGUUAGCCUGAUGUAUCAUCUCCAGACUAUAAAUGCCAAGGAUUGUAAAUUCAAAAGAUAUCCUGAACGUUUGGGCAAUCUGAUUUCCUUAAAUAAAAUUAUAUCAAGGGGCUUCAGAUAUAUUAAGAAUAACUUUGAUGAGCUAUACCUAAGUUGGCCGGAAAGAAAUAAUGACGAGACACAGAUGACAGAGGAACAGAUUAAAUUGUUACCACAUCCACAUUGGAAUUUUCAGCAUUUGAUAAUAGAGUAUUACCCAGGUGAAUCUUUCUCCAGCUGGCACUGGCCUGACUUGCUGUCAAUGCUAACUUCACUUAGAGUUACUGGUUGCAAGAACAUUCAGAGCCUAUCCCUCACACCCAUCUCUGUCUCUGAGGCAAGCAGAAAUUGCACUGUUGAAGUAUUUUCAUCCCUUUCAAAAGUCAUUAUUAAUCGUUGCGAUGCACUAUUGAGUCUUGAUGAGUUCCUGAUGCCCGCUUAUAUGCCUGCCCUGAAGAGUAUUGUGGUGGAUGCUUGUUACCAAUUGGCAUCUCUGCCGGUUGAUCAGCUCCACCGUUUUUCUCGAUUGGAGGAGUUAGGCAUUUCAGCAUGUCCCGAGUUGAAUAUGCAGAGGAUAAUGACAUUACCAUCCUCUCUUCAGAAGCUCUGCCUAUGGAAUUGUCCAAGCAUAGAGCGCAUUGAUAACAGCCAUCUGGGGAGUUCUCCGGCACCGCAGUUACUCGGACUUCACCUUCGUAGAUGUCCAGAUCUCACUUCUGUUCUUGGUGUAAUAUCUCUUCCCGAAAUAGGGAACGUAUCCAUAGAUAAUUGCCCCAAGCUGACGGAGAUUCAACAGCCUUUCAGAAGAGGUUAUGCCUGGCCUAAUUAAAGUUGCACAUGUGAAAAUGAGCUGUACAAGGUUCCGUUUGGCUGGCGUCAUGGGCACAGGAGUGGAAGAUGUGGGAGAUAGUCUGCAGAAGAAAAGCUCAGUUUAAUUAAGCUGUGGUCUGGAUGCUUUCUUGGCCACUUGGGGAUUGUAAUUCUGUAUGAUGAAUAAAAAAAAAACAAUGUUCUAGGUAGAAUGUUAUUCUCCUAGAGUGUUUGGGUCUUUUGGCACCUGGGUAAUAUGUGAUGCACAGCAAACCUUGCUGUAGAACUCCUCUGAAUUAUAAAACUUUGUAAUAAGUGGUUGUAGCUUCUUUGAAGUCAAGGUUGGAUAUUUAUCCAUUAUCUAAAAAAGAACUCCUCUUAUUUU